CACAAUUCCGUAAUAGAUUAUCAUAGUACUAUAAAGAUAUUUCCAGCCUUGUUACAUUUGGCUUGGGUUAGCCUAGUUUGGUGUUGUCGAACGAAGAUGAUGUUCCCAGCAAUGCGCGCCGUCCUCAGCGCGGCGAGGAGCGGAGCGGCCAGAAGGGCGGGAAGCUCGUCUCGCUUCCUCUCUGGAUCCUCCGACUCCCGGAGGCUGGCCGGGAAGGUGGCCGUCAUCACCGGCGCGGCGAGCGGCAUCGGCAAGGCGACCGCGGCGGAGUUCGUCCGGAACGGCGCCAGGGUCGUCCUCGCCGACGUCCAGGACGAGCUGGGCCGCGCCGCGGCGGCCGAUCUCGGCGGAACGGACACGGCAUGCUACACCCGCUGCGACGUGACCGACGAGGCGCAGGUGGCCGCCGCCGUGGACCUCGCCGUCGCGCGGCACGGCCGGCUCGAUAUCAUGUUCAACAACGCCGGGAUCACGGGCGGCAGCUACGCGGCCGCCCCGAUCGAGUCGCUGGACAUGGCCGACUUCGACCGCGUCAUGGCCGUCAACCUCCGCGGCGUGGCCGCCGGCAUCAAGCACGCGGCGCGCGCCAUGGCGCCGCGCGGCCAGGGGUGCAUCCUCUGCACCUCCAGCACGGCCGGCGCGCUGGCCGGGUCGGGCCCCCACGCCUACAGCGUCUCCAAGACGGCCGUCGUCGGCAUGGUGCGGUCGGCGGCCGCGGAGCUGGCGGCGCGCGGCGUCAGGGUCAACGCCAUCUCGCCGUACGCCAUCGCCACGUCCAUGGGCGCGCGCGCCGUCAGGGAGAUGCUGGGGCUUCCGCCGCGGAAUGCCGGCGACGAGGAGGAGGAGGAGCUGGUCAGGCGGGUCUUCGAGGAGGACUUCAACGAGAUGGGCGGCGGCGUGGUGCUGCGCGCGGAGGACGUCGCGAGGGCGGCGGUGUUCCUGGCGUCCGACGAUGCCAGGUACAUCACCGGGCAUAAUCUUAUGGUGGACGGCGGGUUCUCCGUGGCGAAGCCGCUCAACGUGCCGGCGAACUGACGACGGCGGGAAUCGUGUCGGGUUACAACAAAUUACCAAGGAACAGAGCGAGCGAAUAUAAAUCUGAAGAGAAAGAAACAGUGCAGUACUUUGGUCUCAUCAGUAGUUGCAGACAGCAGCUGUUGUCAGACAUGCUCGUAGCACCAAUGUCUGUUCAGACCCAGCGAGUAAAAAUCAUGACCGUGCCCAUAUUUUUUAA